AUGCCGCUCUGCGUCCCUGCUUACUUUCCGGGGCAGGCCACGCGGGGGCGGCGCCGCCGUAACGCGGCGGGGCACGGAGGCAGUGCCGCCGCGUGCAGCUCGAACCGCAGGGCGCAUCAGCUGGACUGCGAUUUGGGAAGCGCUGGGCUCGCAGGCGAGCGCGCACGGACAGCACCCCGCGCCCGCGGUGAAGGUGGCCCGUUUGCGCGAGUGGCCCCGCCGCGGCGGCGGGCGACUGCACAAGCCGAGCCUGCUUCGUUCAAGCCAGACCGCAGCCUGCGCGUGCGGGCGCGAGUCGCUUUGAAUCGGGGGGGCCUGGGCUGGGCGGCUCAGACACCCUGCCUCCGCUGA